CGACGCCAGACAUGGGAUCACACGCAGCUCCUGCCAGAAGAUCCUUCCGGGAUUUUAUCAGGAUCCGGGUAGAUUAGCCUAAGUUUUUGAGAAGUGCAGUCAGAAUAUGUCCAGUGCGAGCACCAGCAAGGAGACCUGCGACCCAGUAACAUGCUUCAUGGCCAAUAGUUUGCGCGGCCUUCACUGGCAGUUUGAGCCGGAGUUCAAAGUCCUGUACUUCAGCGUGCGGCCGCGGGGCGGGGCCCGCGAGCACGUCUUUCGGUCUAUCAACCUGUGCAAACUCUCUUCGCCACAUAGGUUCUGGCAUUCCAUGGAAACUCUCCGCCAAAGGCACCCUGACGCAAGAAUAAUUCUGUCAGUGCACCAGGGGAAGGAGUAUUUUUCGUACUACACCGUGUGCCCCUGGCGGAAGGACCUGUACGGGCACAUGGCCGACCUCCCUGUCAGCGAGACGCUGGAUGUGCCUCAGCUGCUGGACCGCUACGGCGCUCUCUUCAGUAAUACCACGCAAAGAAAGGCUCGGAAGAAAAAGAGGGAAUGACAGUAUCAAGUUGUUUAGCUUUCCCUCUUUUCUGUCUGAUGGUUAGAAUAGUCUUUUCUCAUUUUCAAGCACUCAUCGGCACUUUCAAGUACCAUUGUAUGCCAUUGUUCAUGUCUAUUACUGGGAAAUAUGCAGAACACUUUUGCGGGGUCGAUUACGACAGUAGUGGUAUCGGUGCAUUCUUUUCGGCCUCUGCGUGAGACCCCCAUCACCAUCCUCCGCAAAUAUAGCCCCGAUAAAGGAAGGCCUUGUAGGUUAUCAGGGGUAUUGCGGGAUAAAAUGUGAAAGAUAAA